AUGGAAACCAGCAAGGAAGAAGGGAAGAGGAUCCUCCUGGUACCUGAAUUGGAUGAGGAAGGUGAAGAUGACGAAGAUACUGGAGAAGAUAGCAAGAAAAAAGGAGCCUUGACUCCCUCCAAAAGAAGAGUAUCUGGUGCAGGAGGAUCAACACAGCGUUCUUGCCAGGCAGAAGACUGCACCGCUGAUAUGGCUGAUGCCAAGCCUUACCAUCGUCGACAUAAAGUUUGUGAAUUUCAUGCCAAGGCUGCAGUGGUUCUUCUUUCCGGCUUAAGACAGCGUUUCUGCCAGCAGUGCAGCAGGUUUCACGAAUUAUCAGAGUUUGAUGAAGCUAAAAGAAGUUGUCGCAGGCGUUUGGCAGGGCACAAUGAGCGACGGCGCAAGAGUUCGUAUGAUUCUUAAUGAAAAGAGACGUAACGAAAUAAUUUGGUUUCUAGAGGAAGGCAAAUUCACUGAAUCUAAGAUUAAUGAGGACGGCCUUACAAUGAGCCCUACUCCUCCUGAGGAUUCAGUUUGCUCUCUAUCUUCUGUCAAUUGCUGGAUUUCUUCCCACAAAGAACCAGCUCAGUUUGUAUGAGUCAAAUAUUUUGUAACCGUCUCUUGAACUUGUGGUUUGAUUGGUAUUGACAACAUAUGUCAUGCCACCUAAGGAAGCUACCAAAAUAAUGUCAAACCUCCUUUGAUUAGCUUUA